ACAUAUUAGUUAUUCACCGCCGCCGGUUCGCCUCGCGAGUUGCCUUCACCGUCGCCAUGGUACCGGCAUCCACACUUUUCGCGUAAUAUUCUUGUUCUUGACCUUUCCCAUUCGCUCAAAGCUAGCGGAUAUAUUUGCGACUCAACGCUGCACUGUCAGGUCAUGCAACUUACGUCCACUUCGACCAAAGCGCAAGAUGCCGGAUUCACAUCCUAGCUUGAAUAUGAGCAAUCUGCGAGACUUCUUCUCGCGCAGCGACAAGGAAAAGCUCUCACCGGAUCUAAAGCGCGCACUCGCGCUUCUCGGACUCUCUGGGUUUGAGGCCCUUGAGGAGCGCUUCCUCUCUGCGGACGCUUUCCUCAGGCCAUGGGCUGUUUUCCGCGACUCGAUCCUCCUCUUACAGCCAGAUGCGAUGCCGCGCCCCAAUUCGGUCGAACCUUCGGACGUCACUAACAAUAUAUCGCGUUCGGAUAUCUUGUGGUUCUACACACAAUUCGACGAAGACAUGCUCCGAUACGACCCGCGCGCGGACAAGUACAGCCUCGAAUAUACCCCGGACAGCAGCGUGUACGGGAUGAUUGACAAGAACGUGUGGAGUAUCCAAGAGUACGAGAAGCACUUGUAUGCAUGGUUGUUGCAAGAGUUCAAGGUCGGCAAGUCGCAGAACCCGCAGGCCUUCCGAUACUUCGAGCUCAAGAACAUUUGCUCCGCAUGGCAAGAGGUGCUUGUCCCUAUUGUCAACGCCGUGCGCGCUUCGUACAAUGUGAAGGGACGUCAGUACUACGGGCGGCUGGCGCUAUUCGUCGAGAGCAGGUGUCCGUCUCGCUUAGCAUUUCCAGAGGGCAAUGUAGGCAUUCCUGAGGGAGGUAUGAUGUCGCCCACGCCGUAUCGUGUUGUUUCUGUGCCAAAGAAGAUGGUCACUAGCGGUGUCGCGACUUUCCACACGCGCGGUAACAGCUUCGGCAUGCUGACGAAGAAGCACUACGAUGAAGCAGAGAAGGAGCUUCGCGAUGUAUAUCCGCAGUACGGUGGCCUGGUCGAGCGACCAAAGUUCAAGCACAAGAUGGAGGAUUGGCUCGCUGAGCAGCGCGCGCGUGCAAAUCUUAGGAAGGCCGUACAGCAACAUGGAGAGGUCAAUAGCUUCCAGCCUCAGCUCGUCCAGCGUGAUGGCAGUCGCAGUCCGUCUAGGAAGGCUCCAACGGUAAGCUACCCCAAACGACAAAGCUCACACAAUGGAAGUCCGAGCCCUAUCAAGCGGUACUCGGAUAGCAUCCGUCGCUCCUUGUCGCUGACAAUAUCCAAGAGGAUGUCAAGGGAGGAGCCGAAGAGUCCGCUCCACGGUGUGACGCGGCAGGUCAAUAUUCCUGAUGAUGCACCACGCCGUUCUCCAUCACCGAUGCAGAAGCCUAUGCACAAGGCUAGAGAGCAGAGCUUCUCCAGGCUGGGCUCAACUGACACGGUCGUGAUGCACAUGCCCCGUCCGGAUCUGCAGCAACGAAAUGCCUCCGAGCAGAGUGUGUAUAGCUCCAUCCGUAACUCGAACCCGUUCACCGAGGAUCUUCAUGACGAGUUGGAGACGCCCCAGUCGCGUGCUGUGAGAACUGGCCCCGUGUUUUCGCCGAUGGGGCCGCCGAGUGCUAUCCCGCGUGCUUUGCACCACGACAAAGUGCGUGAUCGAUCUGUUGAGGGUAUACCGUUUGUUCAACUGAAGAAGUCUUUCGCCGACAUCCGCAUCCCGAGCUAUGAAGGUACCGGCUAUGCAGACGAGAUCUCGCUCACAAACCUGCACACCGAACGCAGCAAGUCAGUUCGAACACCUGAGCCUGUUCGUCAAGCAAAGCAACCCACACGCCUACCCGUUCCUAUCCAGCCCGUUCCGUAUGCUGGCCAUCUUCGGGCUGUGUCGAAAGAUGCGAAUGGGAACGCGCCACCACCCAAGCCCAUUGCAUGGCCUAGUCCCUCACCGCCCAAGGCAACCGCAUGGCCCGGCUUUGACGACGGUUUCGCGCCACCCAUUCCACCCAAGAGCCCGAGUCGCUUGAACUCCACUCGCGGUCCCUACCCAAAGCAGCUCGUACGUGACGAGGCGCACACUAUGACACGCAUCGUCUCCAAGGAGAACAUUCGUGCUGCACUUGACGGUAUCUCGCGGGAGAGCUCGACGGAAAACUUGGCACCUCCUGUGCCAAAAUUGCCGAAUGUUGAAGGUCUCACGAGAACCAUGAGCCCAAACGGCAUCAAACUACACACCUACAACACGCAUCUCUUUCCGCGCAAGGGAACGCCAGUUGGUGGCAUAGGACCUGAUAACAGGAGAGCGUAUGAGGCUCGUGGAGCGUAUGAGAUGGAGGUACUCUCGGGUGAAAAGAAGAGGGAUCAGACGGGACAGGAAAGCUAGACGCUAUGCAUUGGAGGAAAUGGCUGUAAAGGCAGGACGAAAACGAUGAACCGGGGUUAAUAAUGAAUGACUCGAGACGACCCCGGGUAUAUAUCACAGUAGAAUGGCUUGCUCUAAAUCGGUGCGCGUUG